AGGAGAGUGUGACCAAGCACCAAAGCUACAACUUGCAGAAACUCAAACAGUAUGAUGUGCCCCUCUUCUCCCACGAAAAACAGGCAGCCAACAGAUUGCAGUGGUUCCAGUCAUGGGGCUGUAAACGGAAUAGACGGUAUCAGUCCACAUCACAGCAACCGCAGACACACUGUUUAGGGGACUUGUCACAGCUGUACAGGUUAGUCCCACUUGCAGAGUCCAUAUAUGCAGUAUCAACCCUGUAUUUAGUAUGAAAAGUCUGUCAUUCUCAAAAAGCACCACCACAGUUUAGCAUGUUAAUCCAUCUUAGGACAGAUGUUCAAACUUGAUGUUGCAAUUAGUCUUUUUUUCCCUAAAGCCUCUCAAAAUAUGGUGUUUUGAAAAAUCCUCUCUUAGACUGUUUCUCUACUUUUUUUGCUUCUUAACUCCUGCAUAAACAAAUUCCUCUGGUCAGACAGCAUUUUCAUUUUUAUGAUUCUUUAUUUUGUGAUUCUUUUUCCUCCCGGUGACUGAAAAUACACUGUGGUAAUUAAUAUGAUAAUAUGUGUGUGGUGGCAUAACUUUUUCCAGGCAUCACUGCAAGCCAUGUUAAAUUGAGGUCUGAGUGAGGUUUCAGCUGGAAACACUGAGGGAAGGCAUGGUACAGUAUGUCUCUGUCAGUGCUUGGCCAGUUAAAAGGGGGGGGGGGGGGAUAAUAUUUGUUUUUUGGAGAGACGAGUGCUUUACCCACAGCAAGAACUAUUCUCGCUUGACCAGAUAACUGUGAAAAUUUAACUCUGUGCAAUGUUUGCUGGUGUGGAGCAGCACAGCUCCAAGACAAUUCUACCUUGUCUCAUUUUAUCCGUGAAGCGGGGAGAACCGCAGAAACUAUAUUGUUGCUUCAGCUUGAUGAUUUAUUGCGCUGUGCAGUUUAGCCUCGGGAAUCAAGUGCACUAAUGCGCUUGAUCAAAAGGGAAUUCCUUUGCCAAGCUUCUUAUGAUUUGAAACAUUGUUUUCAGAUCACUCUUCAAAUUGGUUUCCUAACACCCCAACUCCUACAAACAGUUUAUGUGCAAGGGGCUGAUUUAUGGUGUUAAAUGACAGUGGUGCUCUUAUUUGUGGUUAAACUGGGUGCAAUAUACUACUCAGAUGCCCAUGGCUGCCAGUCCUCCAGUCUGUCUAGACGGGGUAAACACCAGACUUUAUAUGACUGACAAUCACUGAUGAUUGGGUUUGUGAGAUAUGAGAGGCCGGGUCAGUUAAAAUGAUUGACAGUUGGUCGCAUUUUCUUGUGUGUACUUGGUGGGUGUGGGAUCUUGAGCACCGGCUUCAUCUCUUCCUGGCUGAUUUAAAGCACCUUCGGUAAAGGAACUGAGGGUGCUCCACCUGUUCCCGCUGUUAUGAAGGGAUCAACACAAAUGCUGCUUGUAAAUGUUAGGUGAUGGUGAUGCAGUAAUAUAAAAGGCAUUUAUCUCUGUUGUACUUUUGAGUAAUGAGAAGAACCUUUCCCACAGCCAACAAUAACAUCCAUAACACAACAGAUGAAUCAUACUGGUUUGAAGGCAGAUAACAAAGGCCCUGGGACCAUCCCAGGAAACAGAGUGUUGGUUUUGAUUUGCUUCAAGAUCCCUAGAUCCCACGUCUCCCUCGCUGUGCUUGGUGUGCGACUUUGCUGCGAACUCGAGACGGGGAUGGUAAUUAUUCUUGUUGUUAUUUAUGUGCUCUGCUUUUGGAGAUGCUGUGAGAUCUGGUGGGAGCUGAGUCCCCUGGGGUACAAUGGGAACACCAUCACAGUGCUGGCACUGGAUAACAGAAAUGACCCACCCAACUCUUCCUGGCAGCUGGAAUCAGUGGUCCAGACUCAGUGAGCCUGUAAAGGAGAGGAGAGUCAUAGGAAGCCCAUCUGGACUCCAUCAGGUCUAGACAACGUUUUGAUCUUCGCCUCAGCUGAUUUGCGAAAGACGAAAGGCCAAACAGGAAAGGAGUAAUGAACUCAGUCAGGUGUGUGCAACACCACCCUCCCACCUGCUCUUAACCUGCUGGAACAGGGACUUGUGGAACGCACAGGAAGCCAGUUGAACCCCAGGGGUCCUCACUGCGUAUUCAGGUCUUCAUGAACAGCCUCAGCUUUACACGGAGGCCCUGAAUGCCCAACAUUGUUUCUGCAACAAAAUGAAAAAGUCUUUCACAUCUGGAACCCCAGAUAUCUGAAAUACAGUGGCAUUUCCUUUCACACAUUGGCUGACUGACAAGUGACGUUAUCAACAAUAAGAAGAACAGACACCCGUUUUAAUCAACAAAAUAUGACAACAGGAGGACCAGUGUGACACGGUGUGUCGAACUGGCAGAAGGCAGAGUGUGAGCGGACGGGCCCGGGGUCUGUGCGACUCCAUUGCUCUCUUUGCCUUUAAAGUGCGCCGAGCGUCAGUCUGCUGUGCUCUGUGCUGCCUGUGUGUCUCAGCGCCUGUCUCCCACAGCUGAGAGAUACAGACGGACUGAGACUGAGAGAGACCGCUACAGUCAUGAGGCUUUCUCUUGUAUCGGCUCCACGGCGCUACUCUUGAGGUCUGCUUUGCUUUGGUGCCAGAUCAACGGUUCACAAUGAAAGCCAAGAGAUGAGCCUGCAGCGAGCAGCCCUGUCCCUGCAGUUCCUGCCCCUGGAUGUUUACUGAUUCAUAUUGUCCAGAAGACAAUGUCCCUGUCUCCCAGAUAGCACUUCUGAGGACCAGGCCUUCACAGCACGCAUUGUGCAUCAUGGCAGGAGAGACUCAGCGAAUGCAUGCUGUCAAAGAGCUGGACGCUGAGUCCAAACUGCAGGAUGAGGGGACGGCACUGGAACAGCAGAGUGACAAAACCACAAAGGAGUCUUCAAAGCACUUUUCAAGCACAGGCACUGAGGCCAGAACCAGCAGCAGUGAGGCCAAAGUUGAAAAACUAGAAAAGGAAAGGGACUGUCCUCAGCAGCGUGAGGCUGUCAUACGGCCACAGCAAGCAGGGAAGAUUGACUUUAGGUCACUGCAAAACCGAUCAAAAUUUGCCACUGACAGGACUUGGUCGACCAGCAAAGGCAGUCCCCAGUCCCCGAGUGGAAAGGGCCGCAGCCGAGAGAAAGGGAAGCGGUCAGGAAAGACAGAGCGUGGCAACCCACAGCAACUGUACAGACUUAGCAUUACAAAUUCACGCUCCAACCCGACCAUUGGUAUUGCUUAUCCACAGCAGAAGGUUUCGCCACCCAAGAAGUUGGAGACCAGUCGUGGCCCAGUGUCGGGCAGCUACAGAUUCCACGUUCCCAGUAUACCAGAAAGAGAGGCCGAACUACAGCAGGAAGAGCUCAAUUAUAGCCGCUGCUUCCAGGAGGCUUCCUCUAACCUUACCUCCCCAAGCUAUACCUCACAGGCACUGGUUUCCUCAAGUGGAACAUCAUCCCACUCACAUCCAACCCUGUCACAGCAGCAACCUGCCUCAAUGGAGAACAACAGCACACAGCCCAGCAGCCAGCAGAUCCUGGCUGACUUUCAGCUGAGUGGCUCUAAUACUUGGCAGUCUCCUGAAAGGACUUUUAAUGGUGCUAACUAUGGGGUUUCAUCACAAAAAUCCACCGCCCUGACAGAAGCCAAUAAGGCAAGUGCCUUUGUGCCUGGUCCAUUUCAUUAUGGAUAUCAUUUUCUGGAAGAAUCAACCUCUGACUCUUUUCCCUGUGAACAGAAUCCCCAGUCCCAAGACUUUACAGACUCCUCUCUAGGUUCUGCUCAUGUGACCCACAACUCUUUUUCCUUCACGCCUGAAGAAGGGCAAAGUGCUGCGCAAAACAACACUCAGUUCAGUAAUGAACAGCAGCCAGAGGAUAGAACCUCAUAUCCUCAACCCCCACAGUCACAGUUUAUUCAAGGGGUAGCAUCUUCCAUCCAGUGUCCUAGGAAUCUGAGUGAGGACUCAGCCAGCAGUGACAGCUCUGGAUCCAGCUCACAGCAGUCAGAACAGGGGAAGACUGCAAUGCCUGAGAGCACAGACAUUAUUGGACAGGCAGACAGUAGGGAUGCAGCCAUCACCUCGGGGAGUAAGAGGAACUCGAAAGACAUAACUGCCAACCAAAGGACACUCAUUCAAGCAAGUGUACACCAUGGGAGAAGUGUGUCACAAGGUCCAGGCUCCCAAAUGCACUUUGCAAACAAAACAUUUAACAGUCCUCCGGUCACUAACAUUCACACAGGCUCAAUGCCCUUUGAUAAAAACGUCAAUAGUAAGGUUCUAAACAGGUUACCACACUCAUGGGAGGGGCCUAAUAAGACAUAUUCACCAGCUGAUCAAAACACAAUUCAGUAUAAUGAUGUUAAUGAGAAGUUUCAUUUUCAGAACCAGCCAGCUCUUGACCAAAGACCAAAUUCAUCUAAAAAUGGCAGAAUGCCCUGGCAGCAGAUACAGCCAGCCUCUGCCAUGCCAAACCAAAACAGAAUCGAGUUAUCCAGGCAAAUAAGCAGUCAAAAAAUGGCUUACAUGGUUUCCCCCUCUGAUUGGCAGGAUGAUAGUAAGUCACAUAAGCAUAGCUCCCUGAAAAACCCAAGCUCAUUUCAGAACAGCAGGACGAGUGAUGCAUUUUCAAACCAAAGACAAGAGACUGUAAAACAUAGCAGUAAUGCAGUCUCAAUGUUUAAAGUAGAGAUGAGCCAUGCACAAGUAUGUGAAGCCAAAAAUAAAUCAGUAUUUUUUGGACUCAACCAGUCUCUUCCAGCAGCAACAUCAAGAAACUAUAGCUACCCUCCAUUACAGGUCCCAACUAUGGGACUUAUGAUGGUGUCACCUUAUGAAUCUCCUUUGCCCUCACCAGUUCAUAACCCUGCAUCUAGUAGUACCUGCUCCUCCCUCUCUCCAGCAUCCACCAGUCCUGUUAACAUCAAUUCAGAAGACAGUCAUAUGUCAAAGUCAACAACCCCUCACCCAUUUUAUCACCAGCCCCAGACCAAAACACAGUUAGCCUCAGAUCACCUGAGCUCCCACCCUCAUCAGUUUCACUCUGAUGCUCCGCGAAACCUUCCUUAUGCACCAGACAGAGCCAAAGACGACAUGAUGAGCUACCUGCAAAACGGCACACAUCCAAAGUCUACUAUGGAUGGAAACAAGGGCUAUAUGGACAGUUUUGGAGUGGAUCAUCACCAGCCUCCACCACCAUACUCCGCACAUCAGCUGUUAGCAACCUCAUUAGCAAAUCUUGACCAUCUAGAUGUGCUUCUGACAUGCAAGCAGUGUGAUCAGAAUUUCAACAACCUGGCUUCAUUUCUAGGCCAUAAGCAAUACUGUGCUCAGCAUGCAUUUUCACAAAAUGACCUCAAAGACAUAUCAAAAAUGGAAGAGAGCAGAAAGUGUCCUGCAGAACCAACAAAAGCAGUGUCAGCUGUGUCAAAUGUUUCAAUGACAAGAUGCCCAUCUGACCUUCACCUAUCUCUGUUGGGCCUCAAUAAAAAUGGAGAACUGAUAUCUGAUAGUGAAACAAAAGGAGACAGUAAGGAAGAUCCAAUGAAACUCAACUUGUUCUCUGGUCCUGGUAACCUCCCUGUCCCUCUCCCUGAGCUAGAAAUGGAGGAUGCCAAAUUAGACAGUCUGAUCACAGAAGCCUUGAAUGGAUAUCAGUCAGACAAUACAGAGAUAGACAGUAGCUUUAUCGAUGCAUUUGCUGAUGAUGACCUCACCACUGUUAAAGCAACAUCAAACAAACAAUGUCUGAAAACCAAAGAAUCCCUAGUCUUUGAAAGUAAAAGUAAACAAGAAGCAGAUGAUGACAGGUCUUUCACGCAGGGAAAGUAUUUUUAUGACUCUGAUGUUGAGAGCUCUGAGACAGAUAAACAAUACACAGAAACCAAACUUGAGAAAACACCUAUGAAUGUGGAACAAGAUGAGAAAAUUAACAUAAAAAAAGAAGUCUCUCAUAAAAAUUCAAGAAUUGCCUCAAGGGAGAAGAUGAGGGAACAAGACAGCAAAGAGAAAGAGGCGAGAAAACUGCACAAGAGUGUGGACGAAAACACAAGUACACAGAGGUUUCUCUUAUCCAGCAAGUUUUCUGAGCGUUGUGGUGUUAAAAGCUUUCAGGAAAGCUCCACACUUCGAGGGUCAAUGACCUCACAGGCCUCCACAUCUCCAACCUCAAGAGCUGCAGUGAAAGAGAGCAAGAGGAAAAGCACUGGUGGGGGUACCUGGAGCAAAGAACUUAUCCACAAAAUUGUUCAACAGAAAAAUAAACUACAUAAGCUCCAUGUUAAAGGUACUAAAAACCUCCAGUUUUCCUUAGUGAUGGAGAGAGUGACUCCCACUGUACAGAACCCUGCAUUUGGAGAAUAUGACUAUGUCUCAGACUCAGAUGAUGAAUGUGAGCCUGUAAAGAUAGCAAGCCAAGGCCGGCUGAAUCAAAGCAGUCGGUGCAAAUACACAUACACUAAAGAGUGCAAAUGGCGAGCAAGGAGUGAGAGGGACCAGGCAGCAUGGAGACAUGAGUCAAAGGAGUGUUUUGAGGUGAAAAAAAGCGAGGAGGUCUCCAUCUCGCCUGAGAAACAUGGUUCUCACCAGAAAUUGAGGAGAAGGGGUAGCAGGUCAUCUACAAGCAGUGAACUCAGCACAUCUGUGAGUGUUUCAAGUGAUAGUGUCAGCAGCCCCAAAAGCACAGACCGCACUGACUCAGACUGUGAGAAGAAGACGGACAUUAAACAAAAAGAGUUUACAGAGCAGAAAACCUAUGAAAGGUCCUCCCCACAGAAGUCAUGUAAGGAGUCCAGCACAAUAGCACUGACGCUCACUAAAUCUGUCAAGAAGUGUAACACUGACAACACCAUUCUUUCCAAUAACAAAGACAUUACAGAGGACCCAAAAAAGUACAAUUCAAAUCCAGAAGUUGUUGAUCCAGUGUCAUCCUCAGACAAAGCGAAAGACACAAAAAACUUGGAAAAAAGCAGAAGUUCUAAUACAAAAUCAAGAGGGAAGCUUGUGUCUCCAAGAAAAGAAAGUGACACAGCAGUCAGUUCAGACAGAAACACCCUACAGAAAUCAGACAGUCUUUGUCCCGAAGAAGAACCAUCACAGUGUAGCAGUCCAGAUAACAAGCCACUACAGUUUGAUUCACACUCUCCCACGGACAGCAAAGAAACUGAUUUCAAUAUUGACAAAAACCCAAAGGGCAAAAGAAAAGAGGGACCCCAAGCCGUACAGCCAGAACUAUCAGACAGUACCACAUUUGAAAAACAGAGUGGCAGUGUCUCCAUGGUGAAAGAGCCUAUUACUUUAGUCAAUGACCUAGACACACACAAGCCUACGUCCCUGUGCAGCUCAUUGAUGGAUGAGGUAUGCCUAUCUGCAACUGAAAGCCAAGGCCCAUUGAUACAAAAAGAUACACUCCACCUCAUGCCCUAUGCCUUGGAUCAGGAACAGGGGCUAAUGAAAUCCCCACUUUCAUUUGACACUUCAGCAAUGUUCGGGGACCUCACAGGAUUUGACAGUGGCCUUUACUCAGAUAUGCCUAUUCAGAAAGAGGGUUUCCAUUCAAUUGAGAAUGUGAAUGAUAAAAAGGAAGAAUUUGUGUCUUCCUUCUCUCCUUUUCUUGAACAAAGAGACUGGAAUCUCAUGGUUAGCCCUGUGCUAUCAGAUGAGGUAACUCAGUUCAAAGGCAACACUGAGAAAUCAGAUGAAAAGAAACCAGAUUACAAUCAUGUACCCUUGUCUCUGUCAGAAAAAAUAAUUGACUACAGCGCAAAUCUCAACAGCUGUGCAUCAGAGGAUGAGCUGGAAAUUAAAAGGAUAGUGAACGAGCUUGAAAACCAACUGCAGACAACUAAGAUGGAGAGUCCACCUAUACUAGCUCAAGAUGUCCCCAAGCAGCUGAAAAUGAGCAAAUUUUCACCUCUACGUUUGAGUGAUGAGUCAGGGAGUGGAAGCUCUGGUCCUGAUAUCAGGUGCCCUGUACAAACCAUGGAUGUACCUGUGACCAGUUUGCCCUCUGAGCCUUUCACUGAACCAUGGGCCAGUCCAUUCCAGUUUGAGCUAAUGGAUGGGCACCACAGUCCCCACUCUUCAAUUCACAAUGAACGAGGAGCACUUGAACAUUUUACUGAAAAAGAAGAUGAUGUGCCAAAUUCAAUCACCACAGCCUUACAUAUUGAACACCCACAGCUCCGCCACAACCAGAAAUCAGAGAACACUGAAAAAGAGACUCCUGUAGAAACAAAGGAAGAAAUUUUAGAACAAAAGAGAUAUACAGAAAACCUCAUGAAGAGCCUGGAGGUGAUUUCAGACUCUAUAUUCAAAGAAGAACCCAUUAUAUCAGAACACAAGGGGCCGAAUGUCACCUGUCUCACGAGUCAACAACAUCAAGAAAUUGAAUGUCAGGGAACAGAUGCAGUUGAGAGAGAACACAGUGAAAAGGAAGCAAUUACUGGGAAGAAGAAUAUAUUAUCACCUCCAAAUAUCAAUGAGCGGAAGGACGAUAUUGAAUUCAUUCUGAAUGAGUCACUGUCAUCUCUAUCUAACAGCACUGACCCCACGGUCGAUGGAAACCAUCCAAUUUCAUUACAGCCAAGUGAGCCCGCAGAAAACGAUGAUAGCAAUGCUGAGACUAAAGUCACAUCAGAGAAGGAUAUCCCUGAGAAAAGUAAUUUCAUUGAGUCUGCUCACUGCUCAAGUGCAGGCACACAUGACCCACAUAUGGUUGGGGAGUCCGGCGUGGGUAGUAAUGCAGCAGACAAGGUGAAUCAGGUGUUUAAAAACAGUAGUGAUGAUCCAAAACAUUCGACCACACACGAGUCUGAGGAAGCAGAGCCAGUGAAGGGAAUCACUGAUCUAUCUGUAAGACAUCCUUUACCACCAUCUCUACCUGCUGGCACCAGUCUAGAAAUUGGUCAGAAAAUUCAGGAUGUGAUUAAAGGAAGACUUGAAGAACAGUCCACUGAUAACCAUGAUAGUCCUGGAGACAUUUGUUCAGCACACACUGGUGAACUAAAAGCAGAGUGCUCAGACGGUGUGAUCGAGGAAAUAGCGGUUGAAACAGCAGAACAGGAUCAUUUGAUUGGAUCGUCUCCCUCUAAAAACUGCAGCCCUGCUAACACUUACAGUACAAGUCCAACAACUGAUAUGUCCGUGGAGAUCACAGACAAGCCCUGCAGUCCAAUACUGGUGGAAACCAAUACAGAGAGUACUAGUCACUGUUCACCCGCCCCAAACACCCAGUCCGUAGAGGGACAAAGUGAUCUAUUGAUUCUUUCACAGUCUGAUGGCAUCAUUGACAGCGAUUCCUGCAAAAUUAAUCCACUGAAGGACUCAUUAAAACAUGAAACAGGUCUCGCCUUUGACACUAUUCAAAAACAAGUAGAGAUUUUAAAUGUUCAGGACAUCAAAGAACAACUUCCUAUUGAUUUUAUGGCAAGUCACCAAAACUCACCAUGCAAAGAGGAGGUGGAAGAAAGCCAUUGUCUUUUUCUACACACUGCCCCACCGACCAGUCCUCUUUUAUCAGCCUCUCAUCCAACACCCAUGCAGAAAUGGGAGAUGAAAGAGGAGUUAUGUAAGUCACAUGACAAAUGUAACAAUACGUCCGCUAACCAAGGCUUGAUUCAAAAUAUGAAAUCCCCCUUAAACAAAGAAGAUCACAGCAGUGUGAAAGAGGCUUUAAACAGGGAUGAACAACUGAACACAACAGCCGUGAUGGAGUAUUCUCUGACAAGCCCACCUCCCCUGGACUUGGGAAUCAUGGUGUGCAAAAUCCCCACCUCUGAAACCACCAUUCCCUCGCCACUUCCAGUCACCAGCUUGGCAGAACCACUGAAAGUAUCUGAUGGUCUUGAAAAGAGAGAUACAGUGUAUGAUUUCAAGCUCAGCCCUCUCAACUACAACAGCAUCUCAGACGAACCUCCACAACUGAAUCAGUACGGCUACAUCCCAAUUUCACCAGCCAGUAAACCUGAAGAGAAUCCAGACAUCAGGCAGAGUCCCAGUGGUGAUUGUGCACCAUGUGACCUGAGCAUUAACCCUGCACUGAUUUUUAACAAUGCUGAAAGAGAUACGGCGGUAACACUAAGCUCAGAGCCUGCAGCUGAACUGAAUUUAUCAGAUGAACCACUGGUCCUUCAGCGGGGUGUGAAAUUCACAUGUUUCUCUUUGGGUCUCCCAACUGAAAACAAAAGUAAAGAUUUCUCAGCUGAUAAUGUAAAAACAGACUUGGACAUUUGCCAUGAACCCAUUGGACCAGGUGAGCAUUUGCACAUUCACGCGGACCUGCUGAGAAGGAUUGAUUCAGAGAAUCUAGGUUCUAACGAGGCCUCUAUCGAGGACAGUACACUGAUCAGGAAAGCCACUCAUCCUAAUCCACUCAUCAUCUGUGAAAAUGAACAAAUGCUUCUUGUACCAGACCCAUCAGAGAAGCAACCAACAAUAGAGACUGGCCAGUUUUCAACAACGCACCAUGUACCCAAAGAAAUGUCACAAAAAAAGACACGGAACAACGCUCAGCCGGGGAAAGUGCUCUGUGAAAUCUGCCUCAUGUGUUUUAGGACUGUGCCAGGGUUAAAGAGACAUAAGGCCAUGAAACAUUUGGUUCGAACUGAAAAACACCUUAGCCCACAAAGCACAUCGUCAAGCCCUCAGGACACUAUGCUUAUUUAUGAAGCAUCAGAAACCACAGACAAGGAACGUAAAGAUGAUUCACAGACCUGUUACCCAUCAAAAAUAGAUGGGUUGUCCGAGAGAAGUAGCACUUUCAUAUCUAAAGUAGCAGAAACUGAGUCAGUCCUGGAGGAAAUGGCAACUGAGACAAGUACAGCGGCAGUGGAUGAAAUAGACAAUCAAAACCCUGUCCUGCCAACAAAAGCAAAGAAGAACAAUAAAGCUAGAAAGAACAAAAACAGUGAGGUAAACAUAAAGCCAGACCAUUUCUCUGAUGAACUUCUGAAUAUAUUAAAAACAGACAUACUUCAAGCUAUAACCCCGGAAUUCAAAUGCAGUGGAAUACAAGAGCACUGCAAAUCUCCUGAGAACCAGGUGCAAAUCAAAGACAAAUGUGUUGACCGAAUGGAGAAACUCCCUCACCAUGUUCCUUUAAGGUCUGACUUUAACAAUACACCACAAUCUCCAACAACAGAGAUAAAUAUACUUAAUGAAACUAUGGAGCUAAAGCAAACCACUGAUUUGGGUGAAAUGAAAUGUACAAACACGGAAGAUAUGGCAAAUGAAGAAGGAUGCACAGAUAAUAAUGUGGAAGGUGCUAUAUCUAAACACAAAGAAAUAAUCAGAGAAUGUGAUGAGACCAGAAAGACACUAUGCACUGUGGAAAAGAUGUGUGAACAGAAAGGAUCAGAAGAGCAACUUGCCCAGGAGAUACUCAGAAAUGUGGCAGUCGAGAUAAAAUGCGAGACUAAUAGUGGCCCUUCAGACGACAUACAUCCUCUCUCCUGUUUGAAUUCUUCCACUCUCAGUCCUCCUGACUUAAGUCCUGAGCUCAAGGCUUUACUUGAUGAUGACACUACAUUCUCACAGCUGUUCCCCAGAGAUGAGGAAGCAAAAAGGAAAAAAUGCCCAAGGGUGUACAGCAAAAGAAACAAAAGACAGAGGCUAACCCCCGAUUCAAAUGUGACCCAAGAUUACCCUCCUUCAGAAACCUUCAUGCAAAUUAAAGAUCAGCACAUGGGAAACCAAGCAGAGGAGACAUUCAAUGACAAUCAGACUAACCACUGUGAAUAUGAGACAAUAUCUAUUGAUGAUGCCAUCAUGUUGAAUAUGUGCCAUAACAGCACAUUAACAGCUGAUGCCAAGCUUUUGUCAAACGUUAAACAACGUGAACAGCAGGAUGCCCACGAGAAUAUUAAAAAGCUUGGCAACAGCCUCUUGAAUCCACUUGAGAGCACCAUUGAUAAAUCCACAUUUGGACAGUGUCACUCCAGUGGCUUCGAUGGUGUUGACGUAGGCUCAGCAGUGAGCUCUGACACCAACACCAACACCUGUAAAGCAGAAGUGCCAGCUCCAUCUUGUCCUCUGUCCCUUCCUUCCGACCCCUACGCUGUAGAGUCCUGUGUCACUGAGAGCGUCCAAACCUUCCACAGCAUUGACAUCCAAAACAUUAACACCACAUUUCAACUUCCUGAAAUUCAGUUCUUUGACUCUAAUAAAGACAUCUCACUGGCUCCUCCUAUUGCAGCUGUUGGCGUGGAGAACAGGGAUGAUGAAAAGUCAAGAAGUGUAACAGAGUUGCGAGGCAGGAAACGCCAGGAUGGACGAAUAAAAGUCAAAGAUAAGCAGUACAAGUGCAAAGUGUGCUUCACUUGGUUCCUCACCCUAGGCGAACUGAACUUUCACAAACUCUCCCACAACCCUUCUCCACCUCCAACCUGCUACAUGUGUGUCCAGCGUAAGUUUAGCUCCAGGGAGCAACUGAGAGACCAUCUGAGGGAAAAACAUGCCAAGAACAAGACAGGAAUCUGGACCUGUGGAAUGUGCUUGAAGGAGAUAUCAGAUGUGUGGAUGUACAAUGAACAUUUACGAGAACAUGCCACUCAGUUUGCCCGGAGGGGGCAGACACAAGGCUCCAUGUUAGGCAUUCCAGGCUGCUUCAUGCAGGAGACAGCCGUGAAGAACUUUAUCACCUCGAUCAUGCAGCACCGCCCCAGCAAAACCAACAAAGAGUCCAGCAAAGCCACUAAAGAACAGGAAAAAGCUAUUGCUGCAGACUGUGUCAUGGGAGAGGGAAAAACCUCAGAGGGUGCUGAGCCAAAAGUUCAGAAAACUAAAAGCAGCAGUGGAGCAGGUGGGAAGCAGAGCACAUUAACCCCACUUGAGGUUCUCCAUAAAACAGAGACACCUAAAAGUGUCGAGAUGCAUCCCAACUGCAAAGAUCCCUCAAGAGACUGCCACCACUGUGGGAAACAGUUCCCUAAACCAUUCAAACUGCAGAGACAUUUAGUGGUUCACAAUUUGGAAAAGAUUUUCCUGUGUCACAAAUGCCCUGUCUCUUAUCAGGAGGCCCAGGAGCUUAAAUGCCAUCUGAAGAGAGCUCAUGAGGAGAUGGAUGAGCUGGAUUCCAAACACACCACACUCUACACCUGUGAGCUCUGUGCUGAUGUCAUGCAUGUGAUUAAAAAAUCCUUCAUCUGCAGCACCUGUAACUAUACCUUUUCUAAGAAAGAACAGUUUGAUCGUCACAUGGAAAAGCACCUGUCAGGAGGGAACAAAAUUUUCAAAUUCCGAGGCGUUCUCAGACCUGUCAAAGCAUCAGCCUCCAAAGAAGAUGAAUGUGAUUCGACUGCAAGUAAGAAGAGGAGAAUUUUCUCUGAUAGUCUGCAAGAGAACAGCUCAGAUAGCGGCAUCGCAAGUGUAAGCUCUCUGCACUUAAAUCAGAACUCUGAAAUACAGUAUUCAAAACCCUCUGUGUCCACAGCAGAUGACUCCACACAGACCACUGCAAAUGAAUACCACCGUGACACAAACAGUACAAAUGUUAAGACAGAGGACAUUGCUGAGGACUACUCUGAACUACUUGAGGAGCUGGAGAAGAGUAUUCAUAUAGGCUCUUCAGAGUCUGCUACACCCAAGAAAGAGGAAAUUGACCCAACUGCCUCCCCUAUUUUUGAUAAAGAAGGUAAUGACAAAUCCAUUACUGAACCAUGUGAUGUGAAAGAGGAGAAUGAAUCAGUCUGUAUUAGAACAGAGACAGCUUCAUGGUCACCGUCUAAAGAGAGUAGUUGUGUGGGGGAGGAGGUUGUUAAAGUCACGGAGGGCUCUGCUGAAGGUGACACAGCUGGAACUGAAGAAAAACCAGAUGUACUACCACCUACUGAGGACUCUUUUGUCAUCUCAAGCGAAAAUCCAAUCCUUUCAAAGACACCUGAGUCAGCAAAGCAUGAGUUAGCUGUGGAUGUGAUGGACGAACAGAGGGAUGAUGAGCAGUUGCACCACACAACGAAAGCUUCAAAUAAUGACAGCAAACAGCUGACUUUAUCUCAUGGUGCUGAGCAGGAAAAUGGCAGUCAGAUGAAAGACAAGAUUGGCCCAGCCAAAGCAGCUGACAGCAUUAAAAACAGUAGUGCAGCUAGCAGCACGAAGGCUACAGAGUCCACACCAGUCCUCCACUCAAAAGUUUCCUACAAUGCAUCAGCUUCAAAUGAGGACAAGGAACCUGUGAGACUGCAGAAGAAGAGGAAAGACAUGAAAUCCCCCCACAGCCUGCAGAGGGUUUCCUCUCCAGCCACACAAGAGAAUUUUGGUGUUGAGUCGCGGCCCAAAAAGAAAUUUCGCCCCAGCAAGUGUGCAAAUACCUCCCUGCAACGAAAGUCAGACGGACCGAAUGACUACCCUGUACUGUCCUCUGUACGGGACGAUGUUGUCAGCAACAAGAUUGUUUCCAAGUGCAAGACUUCAAACAUGGGUUUGCAGUCAAAAAGAAACUUACUUGAUAGCUGUACGCAAAAGAAAGCUGAGAUUGUGACUCCUUUUAAUGGGGAUUACAAAGCCAAAAAGGGACCUCUGGGGCGGCCUUUGCAUUCCCCUAUUUCUAAAGUGUCUUCAGUUCCCAUGAACAACUCUUUGAAUAAAUCUAGGCCAAAGAUGGGGGUUAGGUCAAUGGAGAGUCAUUCCUAUCGCACAGCUGAGUCACAGAACCACCUCCUAAGCCAGCUGUUUGGCCAAAAACUCACAAGCUUUAAGAUUCCUUUAAGGAAGGACACAUCAGAAUCUAUUAACUGAGUGGGGCGCAAUGGAUCUGUGAAUAAGAGACUGUAAAUUUCACAGUUAUAAAUGUUUAAGACAAUUCAUUAUGGUGAAUGAGAUUGCACAGCUCUUUUCUGUGAAAUGCUAUCUUUAAAUACUUACAUAGUCACUUUAUGUCUUCUUUGUACAUGUGUUUUUAUUACACAAAUGUGAGGGCGAAGAGCAGAUAUGAUUUUUGGAGCAAAAAUGAUGGGAGUUGGGAAAAAAAAACUUGUUUUUCUACUUUUCCUGUGUUGGAUAUAAUUUGUCUCAGAGAUUAUAUUUCAUUUGCCAAGAGGAAAGAAAAAUAGAAUACUUGAAAAUACAGUAAAAUAUUUGCUUCUAAGAAA